AUGGAGGAGUGGGGCUUUGCUGCUGGCGAUGAGGUGGAGCUCAGGGGCCUUUCGAAGCUGGAACUCAAUGGCCAGCGUGGCACCGUGCUCUCACUGGAAUCUCCUGAACAGGCUCGGCAGUUAGGCCGUUUAGCCGUCAUGAUGCACAGUGGGAAGCAGCUUUCUUUGAAGGUCUCCAACUUGCUGAAGGUCACACAUCGGAGCCACGGAAGUGCUUGUGACUUGUCACUUCACUCUCGCCGGAAACUGGUCUCCACGCCAGUGAACCACGCACCGCAAUUGGCAGUGAUGACCUUCAACUUGCAGCACUUGGCCAACUUCCCCAAGGAUCCCAGCAUUGCCAGGCGACGUUUGAUGGAGUUGACUUCGGGAAGACCACCAGAUCUCAUUGCGAUACAGGAAGGCUUGGAAGGAAUCGACUUGCUGGCGCAGGUUGGAUACAGCAAGCUGAUUUCUUCUGCUGUGAAGGCUGUGCCCUUGCGAGAGGCACUCUACGGCGAUGAAGCUGCGCUUGAGGCUUUGCCCGCAAUUGCGCACGAGAGUUUGAUGGUGAAUGAGUUUUAUCUCCGAAGCGACGAGGAGUGUGCCUGGCAGCUUGAAGGGACCGGCGUCGAGCAAAUCUCCUCUGCUGUCUCCCUAGGGGAUGAUCCCAUCGUCCCUCGUUCCGUCAUUUGGGCGAAGUCGGGGAGCUUGGUUCCGGUGGAGAUGGAUGUUUUGGUGGAGAGCAAAGGAAUUCUAUCUCUGAACUUUUGGACAUUUCCUCUCCCUCCUCACCCCGCCGUGCCACCAGUGCCGAAGCCACCCGCGAUGUGCAAGAUCCUCCUCGAUUUGAAGGACUCGGCGAUGGGUGAUGAGCUAGGUGCACCAGUCGAUCCCCAGUCUCCCAAGGCGGAGCCCCAGGAGCUUCGUCUGCAGCGAAUCUUCGGUAACCCGGUCCGGGGCUGGCACCAGGGCACCCAUCCAUUGCGGAGUUCCUGGCGCUUGACCAGGUCAUCAGAAACCGUGGGAAUGACUCUUCGUACCAAGGAUGUGCAGGAGAUCCGAUCGGGAUCUACCCUGGAGGGAUAG